AUGGCGGAGCCUGCGCCGAAGAAGCGGAAACUGACAAAGGAAUGGUUUCUUGCGCAGCUGCGGGAUGUGGAAACGCAACAGGCCGAGCAGAAAACGGCAGCAGCUGACAUACUUGCCCGUUUUCCAGAAGACGACAUUCGCAGAGCAUCAUCUCAGGAAGUGGCAACCUUUCUUCAGAUGCACGUCACGGAUGAAACAGACCGAAACAUCGUGAGUUUGCGGAUAUGCAACCGCAUUGCAGAUGCCUUCGCCCCAACACCAGUUGCUUCAACAGACGCCCUCUGCAAGUGGUUGGAUGAGGCGGUGCAAAAGACGCCGAAGCCGAGCGAAUGGGAAACCGAUAGUGCGCAGAAUUUUGAAAACACCAUACUCGGCGUUGGGGACAUGAAAAAGACGAUGAUCGUGCGCGAGUGCUAUGCACAAAUGAAGGCGCAAAUCACAGGGUGGCUCCACGAGAAACAUGCUCAAGAAGACCCGACGGGCAUGUUUGUUAUCACUGGCACUCCGGGCAUCGGCAAGUCUGUGUUCCUCGCCUACAUGGCCGCGCUCUUGGCGGAGAAGGGCUACGGCAUCGUGAUUCAAAGAGCGGCAAUGUUUUGGUCGCUAGAGUCUAAGAAAAAGGCAGCUGCACAUGGAGAAGAAAAACCCAUCAUGCUUUUGCAGAACCGCAAAGUUGUGCUUCUGGCAGACCCGGGUGGGGGUGGGACGUCUCAAAGUGUCCAUUCCCGCGACCUUGGUUGCACCCUCGUUUUCGUCUCCUUGCACGAGGCACACUACAAGGAUGGUUUGAAGCAGCAGUCGAACCACAGCGAACGCCGCUUCAUGCCCGUUUGGUCAGAAGCCGAAGUAGGCCGACAUCAUAAAGUGUUGUUUCCUGGCGAAGAGGAGGCAACAGCCAAGGAAGCUUACUGGCUUCUGGGUGGCAGUGUUCGGUGGCUUCGCGAUUUGUUCGAAGUGCAGAGGAGGAAAGGACUGAGCCUAGAAGAGGUGGCCCGGCAUCUAUUAGAAAGGUAUUUGUCAGUCAAGUCCUGGGAUGACUUGGACUUGUUGAUGCAACACUUCAAGCAGCCCCAGAGCGUGGAAGACAAGAAGGAAAGCAAAAUGAGCUAUUUGCUAGUAGUCCAUGCCAGCGCAAUUUCAUUUGAUGAGCCCGAAGUGAGGUUGAUUGAUUCCAAAGUUGCACAAGAGGUUUUGUGCGAAAAACUUCAUAUCAAGACAACAGACGAGCAGAGACGGUUCGUGCAGAGAUUUUUGCAUGAGAAGCAUUUGGGUUCAUUGGUCGGCAACAUCUUCCAGGAACUGGUUCUCAACCAUCUCACAGGUAAGGGAGCAACCUCAACAACUCUGGACUGCAGCUCCCUGCCAGCAGGCAAGACAUGGAAAAUUCGCGUUCCAAACCAGAAGUGCGAGUUGCAGCCACAAGGAGCGAAG